AUGUUGCCCACUUCGCAGGCCAACGCCUUGGUCUACUCGACCUUGUGCGGCUUUCUGCUCGUCGGUCUCUUUGCCGGCUACAAGGUCCGCAACACUACCGACUUCUUGUCCGGUCUUCGUACUCAGAGUGUCUUCCCACUCACGCUCAACUGGAUCGCAUCAAACAUGUCGUCAUCGCUCUUCUUCGGCUACCCACAGCUUGCCGUCAUCCCCAACGCCGGUAUUCUUGGUCUUGCCGCCUACUGCUUCUCGACCGUUGCCCCUCUCUGGGUCUUUGCUUGGCUCGGACCUCAAAUUCGACGCAUCUGCCCUGAUGGUUUUACGCUUUCCGAGUACAUCCGACGCCGCUACGGAUGGCCCGUCGGUGUUCUCUCUGCCCUUAUCUUUGUCGGUUUCAUGUUCUGCUUCAUGCUUGUCGAGCUUAACACCUACGGCUCCACUGUCAACGUUCUCGGUGGUGUCAACCCCACCAUCGCCGCCCUGGUCAUUGCACUCAUCACGACCAUCUACACGGCUUACGGUGGCUUCAAGGCCUCGCUCUACACUGACAACGCGAAUGCCAUCAUCAUCAUGAUCUUUAUCGUCAUCGCCUCAAUUGCUGUUGGUGUCAACCUCGACAUCGACCACGCUCGAGUCGAGUCGUCCGGUCUGCUCAAGCCCCAGCGACUCGGUGGAGAGCUCUGGUACAUCCUGACUGCUGCUUUGGUCUUCAGUCAAAUGUUUAACCAGGGUUUCUGGCAGCGCGUUUUCGCGUCCAAGAACAACAAGGCUUUGUACCUCUCGGUCGCUUUCGCCACCAUCCCUCUCUUUGCGAUCUGCUUCAUUGUUGGUAUGGCUGGUCCACUUGCAUGGUGGUCGGGUCUCUUCGAUGGUCCUACUGCUGAAGACGACGGCUCACUCACGUUCUUCUACAUCAUCAAUACUUUGCCCAACUGGGUCACUGGUAUUGUCAUCGUUCUUGCCGGUUGUCUCAGUUCAUCGGCUUACGAUACCUUCCAGAGUGCCCAGAUCUCGACCAUCCAGAACGAUGUUUUCCUCGGCCGUCUCAACAUCUGGUGGUGUCGUCUCAUCCUUGUCUGCAUCAACGUCCCUUCCGUCGUUCUUGCCGUCAAGAACAUCGACAUUCUCGAAGUCUUCCUCAUCGCCGAUCUUGCUGGCAUCGCUUGUAUCCCUGCUUUCUUGCUCGGUCUUAUCCCCAAGCUCUACUUCCUCAACGGUGUCGAUGCUGUCGGUGGUGCCGUUGGUGGAUUCUUGACCGUCUUCCUCUUCGGUACUGCCUUCUACGGAAACGCUGCGGAUGGUAUCAAGUUGAUUGGUCUGCCCAACGGUCUGUACUUGGACGACUUUAGUGUUCUCGGUGCUUUUUUUGCCGCUCCUUUGGGUAGUAUCGGUUGGACCUUUGCUACAUGUGCUAUUCGUGCAGGUCUCACUUGGCUCUACUGCAGGUACACCGGCAACGAGUACAAGGUGUUCGAGUAUCGCGAGUUCGAUGUCAGCAAGUGGGCUUUGCCUGAGGAUCGACCUGCUGACUUCCACGGUAUUCACGGGUCGGGCAACCCCGAUGACGGACACAAGUUGGAGGAUAACGCGCUGGAAGGCAGGGCUAAGCUGAAACGUUACGGAAGUGGCGCCUCGAGUGAAGAGGUUCCUGCUCAGAAGUGA